AUGGACGACAGCACCACAGCAACCACGGAACACCCAGAAGUCUUGGAGUUGGACGCCUCAGACAAUGAGGACUAUGACUUCGAGCCCGAUGAUUCAAUCCAGAGUCGCCAGCUCAUCCGCCUUGUCCAGACUGUGGCUGGCUCCGAGCUAUUCGUCAAUUCCAUCGCUCAGGAUGUUCUCCAGGUCAGCGAAGGGAACUGGGGCGCAAUGCUGAGCGCCGCUCCCGAUGCCCUCGGGCGCCUGGGACAAUGCUUUGUUCUCGCGUCCGAUCCUCUGGCCUCUUCGCUCGUGUUUCCAGACAGCGCGGGGCUACCGUACCGGUCUCUAAAUACAAACCUCAUCCACUGCUCUGAUCUCGGUCGGAAGGCCUUUCGCAAUGCGGAGGAGAGGAUGAAACGGGUGUCGAGUAUUGCUGAAGCAGUAUGCGAACCGGAUGGAACCGUUGACAUGGUGCUUGAGGCUGUGGACGAUGAAGACCUCGCAGAGUUGGACCUCCCCGACCAGCUUGCUGCACUGAAAGCUGCCUCCAACGACUGCAUCUCCCAUACCGUCGCUAUCAAAGAAAAGGUUGAUUCCUGGCGUCAGUUCGCCACCUUGGUGCACCGCGCCUGCGUUGACCAGGAUGAGGCUCUCGGCUACCGGGAGACCGAACUGGACGGCCAGAUUGAGGACAAGAAGAACGCCGUGCAGAGGAAGAAAGAUAUUCUCAACACCGUUGAAGCUCAGACAGAAGAGUACCGCCGCCAGCUUGGGAAUCGACAAGAAGAGUUUGAAAAAGCGAGAAAGUCUCAGUCACGGGGUGCAUGGGCCGACUUUGGAGUCGCGGCGGGCGACGCCAUCGUCCACAGCUUCAAGGCGUUGAUGAACCCCCUUAGCGGCAUCAACCUUAACCUCGGCUUUGGCAACAGCACUGAGCAGGAGAAAGGUGGCCAUGACGCGUGCUAUGCCCCGGGGUCCUACGACCAAGCGGUACAGCAAGAUGCUGGCUACGUGCUUGCUGAUAGACUCUGGAGGGUCGUCCACAGACUCGGCGAGCUGCUCACAAACGGCCCCGACCGUCUCCGCGGGGUCGACUGGGAGCGCCUGGCCGGAAGGGCUGACAGGAGGGACAACGUCAAGAGCAUUCACAAUGCGAUUAUGGACCACCUGGAUCAAUAUGGCAGGGAGAAUUCGGCAGUUGUUGAGGAGGUUCGCAAGGCGGUCAAGUCUGCAGAGACAAUUGCCGCUACUAUCCGCGACAUUCUCCGAGAUGAGCGUAAUGUAGGAGAGGACACGGAGAAGCUCGUGGCGGAUUCCGCCAACGAGUGGCGUGCAGAGGUGAAAGGGGCCGAGACUGCACUCCUCAGCAUCAUCAGGUCUGGCGUAGAGUCCGAGAAGAAACGCGAGGCGGAAAAGAGAGAACGCAGAGACGAGCGGAUCCGGACGACAAAAAUGUCCCGAGCUGAGAUCCGCUUUGAGAGGUUCAGAAUGGCCCAGCAGGAGCUGUUUGAUGCGGAGACGAGGCUCAACAAGCGACUUGAGGAGGAUAUGAAGGCUACCGAAGAGUUCAAGAUGAUGGAGGCGAAUCUCCAGGAGCUCCUGACAUCUAAUGUCACGUUGUCACAGGUCAAGAACGUGGUCGGAGAAUGCGUCACGCAUCUGCAAGCCUUCUGCGACAAACUCGACCAGCUAACUUCGUUCUUUACCUCGGUACAGGGCUACGUUGAAGAUAUCGACAAGUACCGCGUCGAUCGCCUCGGACCGGCGGCAACUACGACGCUCGGGAUGAAGAGACGCGCCGCAGCUGAGGAAUCCGAAGCCGGGAAGCUAAGGAAGGAGAAGGUUGCCCAGAGGAAACUUGAAGAACUCCGGCUCAAGGCCUUGCAGCUCAAGGGGCACUACCUCGUCGCGCGGGCUGUGGCAGAUACGUACACCGAGGUCUCGUCCCGACACAUCAUACCCGCGGUGGAGAGCAUCGACCGGCUCAGCCUCCCGAGCGCCAAGAGUCUCUCCAAGGAGGAGCGAGCCCAGAAGUUGAUGGAUGUGGGACACCUGGCCACGCGUGCGAGGCGGGAGGUCAAGCGGCUUGCGGACCAUAGGAGGGACCAGUUUAUGCUGGCCAUGUCUGAUAACAGAGGCGAGAUUGAAGAUGUCGAGAGGGAUUAG